AUGAAAGGCUCGCCGAUCGACGCGCUGAUUCAAAACUGCCUGCUGCAGGAGCGGUCCGGCGAGAAGACGUUCCAGUACAACGCCAAGGACCAGUCGGCUUAUACCUUGAAGUGGUCCUUCCAUAACGAGUUAGGGUUGGUGUUCGUGGCGGUGUACCAGCGUAUGCUGCAGUUGCUUUACGUGGAUGAUCUUCUAACGGCUGUUAGGGAUGAAUUUGCGGAAGGUCAUUACGACCCGAAGAAAACGUCUUACCCGGAUUUUGACAACGUUUUCAAACAGCUGCUUCUCGAAUCUGAACAGCAUGCGAACGAGUUGAAGCGGCCGAAGCAGGUUACCAAUUUCGGCGAGACGAAAAAGGGCAAAGGCAUGCAAAAGGCCGCGGGAGCGGGGAAAGGAAAAGGAACAGGGGCCAAUCAGAGAAAAGGAGGCGCUGCGAAAGAUGACGGAGACAGUGGGAGUGACGAAACCGGCGACGAGGACGGAGCGGGGAACAGCGAGGCAGAGCAGCCGGCUAGCCGUCCCAGCAGCAGCUCUGCCGUCUCCUCUGCCGGCGCAUUUGACGUCUCGAAGCUUCGUAACCGCGCCAGCCGCAAGCAGGCUGCGGCGAAGAAAAUCGGUAACGGGCUUUUCGAUUUCCCGCUGAAUCCCGCGAAAGGCGGCGGGAAGUCCGACGGAAAAGCCGACGGAAGCGCGUCGGAAAGCGAGUCGAAGAAGCCGAAGAAGCAGAUGCGCAAGUGGGAUAACGACGGGCCGGCUCUGGAGCGGCAGGACUUCUCGGAAGCUUCGGAUCAUGACACUGACGUGGAGGUUGUCGACGUGGCAAAGGUGGGGAAGAGCAUGAUGGACCGAGAUGAAGAAGAGGAGGAGGAUGCGGAGUGGGGUGGGGAGGAUGAGGAGGAGUCGGAGGAGGAAGGGGGGAGGGAGCGGAAGGGGUCUCGCAGGCACGUGGGCCGCGGGGACGACGGCAGCGAGGGGAAGAAGACCGGCUGGCUCGCUUCGGUUUUCCAGAGUGUGGUGGGCAAGGCCUCUCUGGAGCAGGCGGACAUAGAGCCGUCGCUCAAGGUGCUCAAGGACCGCCUCAUGAGCAAGAACGUGGCGGAGGAGAUAGCGGAGAAGCUGUGUCGCUCGGUGGCGUCGAGCCUGGUGGGCAGCAAGCACGCGUCCUUCACUCGCAUCUCCUCCACCGUGCAGGCGGCCAUGGAGGACGCACUCACGCGCAUCCUCACUCCCAAACGCUCCAUCGACAUUCUGCGAGAUGUACAGGCUGCCAAGGAAGCAAACCGUCCCUACGUGGUGGUGUUUGUGGGGGUGAACGGGGUGGGCAAGUCAACCAACCUGGCCAAGGUGGCCUACUGGCUGUCACAGCACGACAUCAAGGUCAUGGUGGCCGCGUGUGACACCUUCAGGGCGGGAGCUGUGGAACAGCUUCGAACGCACGCCAGGAGGCUGCAGAUCCCCCUGUUUGAGCGCGGGUACGAGAAGGACCCAGCGGCAGUGGCGAAGGAGGCGAUCAGGGAGGCGACGCGCACCAAGAUGGAUGCAGUGCUGGUUGACACGGCCGGGCGCAUGCAGGACAACGAGCCGCUCAUGCGAGCGCUCUCCAAGCUAAUUAACAUCAACGAGCCUGACCUGGUUCUAUUUGUGGGGGAGGCACUGGUGGGCAAUGAUGCGGUGGAUCAGCUGACCAAGUUCAACCAGCGCUUGGCUGAUCUUUCCUCUGCACCCACUCCCCAUGCCAUUGACGGCAUUUUACUCACCAAGUUUGACACAAUUGAUGAUAAGGUUGGUGCUGCCUUGUCCAUGGUGUAUGUGUCAGGGGCGCCCAUAAUUUUUGUCGGCUGUGCUAGGCUGACUGGAGUGAGUUUGGACGUUAUGGCGUCCAACAACACUGACAAAGGAGUUAAUGUCCAAGUAUUAUUACGAUGCAGGCCGCUAUCCUCGGACGAUGUGCGGCUGAGAGCACAACAGGUGGUCAAAUGCAAUGAAUCUCGCAAGGAAGUCGUGGUCACCCAUAAUGUCGCGGGGAAGUCAAGUGAAAGGGCGUUCAAUUUUGAUAGAGUAUUUGGACCGACGUCGAAGCAGCAGCACCUUUACAAGCUUGCGAUCGCACCUAUUGUAGAGGAGGUCCUUGAAGGUUUCAACUGUACGAUCUUCGCUUACGGCCAGACGGGGACGGGAAAGACCUUUACUAUGCAAGGAGACGUAACCAGAGCCGGAGAGAAUGGCCAACUUCCGGAAGGAGCAGGAGUUAUUCCGCGGUCUAUCAAGCAUAUCUUCGACACCCUUGAUAGUCAGGGGGCCGAGUACAACAUCAAAGUAACUUAUCUGGAACUUUACAACGAAGAGAUUACGGACCUUCUGGCUCCAAGCGACAUCCUUGUGUCGUCCGAGUCAAAGAAGCCACUCGCCUUGAUGGAAGAUGGUAAAGGGGGAGUGGUUGUGCGUGGCCUUGAAGAGGAGGUUGUCAACAACUCGUCUGACAUUUUCACGCUGUUGGAAAGGGGGUCGGCCAAGAGACGCACAGCAGAGACGAUGCUGAACAAGCAAUCCAGCCGAUCCCACUCCAUCUUCACUAUAACUAUUCACAUCAAAGAGUCGACUCCGGAGGGUGUGGAACUGAUCAAGUGCGGAAAGUUGAACCUGGUCGACCUUGCUGGUUCGGAGUGCAUAGGACGAUCCGGCGCCAAAGAAGGACGCGCACGAGAAGCUGGUGAGAUCAACAAGAGCCUCCUGACUUUGGGACGAGUAAUCACAGCCCUUGUAGACCACACCGGUCACAUUCCUUACAGGGACAGCAAACUCACAAGAUUGCUUCGUGAGUCUCUUGGAGGCCGGACAAAGACUUGCAUUAUCGCAACAGUCUCUCCUGUCGCUCCUUGUUUGGAGGAGACCGUGAACACGUUAGAGUAUGCUCAGCGUGCUAAGAAUAUCAAGAACAAGCCAGAGGUUAACCAAAGGACGACGAAGUCAAAGCUACUGAAGGACAUGGCAGGGGAAGUUGAGAGGCUGAAACAAGAGUUGAAGGCUCAGCGCGAGAAGGAUGGCGUUCAUCUGACAGUUCAGCAGCACGAGAACCUGCUGAAGCAGGUGCAGUCCCUCAAGGACCUCACUGGCCAAAACAGUGACGAGCUCGCGCAGAAGGCGGAGGAGAUUAAGCAACUCAACGAGCAACUGGAGGUGUUUUCAGGCCGAGUGGAUGAUUUGACAAAAGAGAGGGAUGGUCUUCAGGAACAAGUUGACUCGCUUUCCCAAAGUUUGGAAAAGUCUGAAGCUAAUCUCCAAGAAGCAGUAUCAACAAUUGCAAGCAUGGCUCAGGCUGAGACACAGCUGGUUUUCACCUGCAAUAGCCUUCGACAAAUGCUUGUCAACGUCAAUCACGAGAAUACUCAACUUUUUGAGAAGAUUGAGAGAAUGCAGGAGACUUCAGUCCACAACCAGGCUGCAGCUACCAGUUUGAAGCAGCAAAUGGACAGUCAAGUUGAUAGUGUUCGGGCCUUCAUAGUAAAGCAGAUGGAGGAUCUUGCUUUCCAAGAGCAGCAAGCAUCACAGGGCCUUGAAGACGUCCUCAGCCAGUCAACUAAGGAUUUGGGCCAAGUGGCGGAGGAGGUGUCCCAGUUGCAGCAGAAGGUAUUGGGUGUGACACGACUCAUGAAGGAGCGUGUGCAACAAUUUGUGGAUAAGAACAACAGUUCCCUCCAGUCCUUGGUGGACGGUCUUGGCCCACAGCAGGAGGAGAUGGAGAAGCUACUUGAAGAAGCCUCUGCCUCAUCCAAAGCAUCACUUCAGCAAAUCCAAAGUUUGCUGAUCGGACUCUCAGCUGGGUGGGACGACGUGCAAGGGUGGUGGAAUCAGCAUUUGGAGAAACGCAGAGCAGAGUCAUCCUCUGCCCUGACGUCCUUGGAAACCUUAAUUGAACGAUUGUAUGAAGAGACAACUGCUUGGUCUGAGAUGAUAGCUCAUCACACGGAGAGCCAUGAAGAGGAUAUGAAGAGCCUGGAGAAGGGGGUGAUGGAUAUUGAAAUGCAGAAGGCCAAGAGGAUUAUAGAGGCAGUGACCGAAAUUGUACAGCAAGGGAUGAACGACACCGAGGAGGAGGUCAAGGUACGGAUUGCUCGCAUGGCAGCCAGUGUAAAGAAGUUCCGCUCUGCAACUGAUGAUAAAAGGCGUGCUGUGGAGGGUACUUUCUCUAACAUGUCAAGCGUCAUUGCCGAUUUUCGAGAAAAGGGAGCCACGGCUGACGUUGAGGCUUCAGAUGAAGUUGCACGCAAGAAGUCUGAAGCUGGCGAGAUGGUGGCUUCGUGUGCGGGUUGCGUGGAAAGGAUGGAUGUAGAUGCCGGUGAACAACAGCUACUUCUUGCAUCACAGUCCAAAUCUUAUUGUGACCUCGUGAGAAAGAGCAUCAGGGAACGCAAUCUCGAGGCAACCAGCCUUGGCAACAGUACAACGGCUGACGAGGAGCAGGCUGAGGCAAUUUGCAACAAAGGAGCUGACAAGAUCGUCUCUAUGAUUUCAGGAAGUCAUGGUGCGCAGCAGGGGAAGCUAACGAGUAUCGCAUCCUCGCUUUCUGAGUCAUCUCAUUCUGUGCCACUGGCACUGGACCACCACAAGAAGCAAGUUGAGGAUGUGAAGGGAGGCAUGAAGAGAUACCUGGAGGAGGAUUUCAAGCCGGAUGCACAUACCUCAAGAACGCCACAGAAGCGGCGAUAUGAGAUUCCAACAGAGGAAGACAUUUUGAGGAUGCGCUAUCGACCCACUCAGGCCCAUGGGCCUGUGUCAGUGUCUCUUCCCCCAAAAGCAGCGCCUUCACCCAAGCGAGGCGCUCCUUCUCCUGGAAAGCUUAAGGCUGCACUGCAGAAGUCGGGGAUCCCUGGGCCUCGCGGUCCUCGGGGACCGCUGCUCACCAUUUCCCAGAACUAA